GCUCCUGGCCCGUCGGCAAGGGCAAGGACUCGCUGGUCUGGCUCUGCUCUCCCCGUCCGCCACCCCGCGCUGGUGCCGCCCUGCCCGCAGCCCGCCCCGGCCUCCGCAGGGGAAUCUUCAAGAGAACCGUAGCUGUGCCUUACUUCUGCACCCGAGCUUGCUAACGAGGUUCUGAUCGCAGACUGGCUGCAGUCUCAUCUCAGGAGAGGACCAACGAUAAUGAGCUGUUGGUAAGAACAGGAAACGGGAACUUAGAAGCUAAAACGGCAUUGUUACACCAAGGAGCAGGCAAGCGAAGGGGUGGGGAGGCCUGCUAGAAACAGGCCUCGCUGAGCCUCAAUUUUGCCGAAGCAUUCUCAGCAGUGCUGUGCCAGAGCCUAUCAACCCAGCCGCCUACAGGACGACACACAUCCGUUCCACUCACAGAAAAGACGUGGAGAACAGGCCAGGCUGUCCACAGGACUCUUCCCAGCAGGCACCACGUGCCCCAUCUGCCCAGGCAACAAGAACGCAAGUGUGCUCAGCUCAGUCCUCUUUCUCGGGUCCAGUGCUGAAACAGCCUCUGCUCACUGCGUGGGGCCCAUGUCUAGCUUUAUACCCUAACUCUGCUCACUGGUUGGGCAGUGGGUCGUGAGCCCUGGGCCUCCAAAAUGGGGGAGGGCACUCCACGUCUUCUUCCCCAUUGCCUACACUGCCCGCAAAUGGGACCAGAGAGGUUCCUUUAAAACAGCGAUUCUCAUCCUGUUGGUUUUCUUCUUCAGUCAUCUGUUUGAAAAAACAUGCUUUCCUUACUGUGAGAUACCAGAAGCUUUGUUGGCAAACUAGAUGGGAAAACAAAUAAUAGUAAUUGUAAUUGUCAGAACAGGGAUAAUAGUAGUACUGUAGUAAAAGCUGUGUUAUCCAGCAUUUAACUAACUGGAAUACUAUUAACCAGAAUUUCAGCAGCGGGGCACACACAGCACUGUGCCGUGCCACUUUGCUGCCUGUUGCGCUGCUUUCAGCAGCAGGACGCACACAGUGCCACACAGCUUUGCUGCCUGCUGAGCCACUUUCAGCAGUGGGAUACACACAGUGCCACGUUGCGCCACUUGGCUGCCUGCUGCACGGCUCAGGGUACCCGUGCAGGGUAUCUGAGUGUGCACGCCCCUUCCCCUUGUGGCAGCAGCCGGGCUGCCCUGGCGUUUGGGGUGGCUGACUAUUAUGGCAUCCAAUAUGUUUUUUAUUGGAUCAAGAAGCAAAGGUGAAAAGCGAAAAAGAGUUGUGUUAACAUUAACGCAGAAAAUAGACAUUUGUAGACGUCUAGAAAAAGGUGAGAACCGUAAUGUUCUGAUGAAAGAGUUCAAUGUUGGAUCGUCAACAAUAUAUGAUAUCAAGGCUCAAAAGGAACAAUUGCUCAAAUUUGUCUCUAGUUCUGAGACUAGUAAAGCUGUUGAAAAACGCCGUACUCUACAUAAGCCUAAAUUAGAGCAGCUUGAUAGUCUUUUAUAUGAAUGGUUUUCACUAAAACGAUCAGAGGGUGCCCCCAUCUCUGGCCCAAUGCUCACUGAAAAGGCAAAAGAUUUCUACAAGCAAAUGGAUUUGACUGAACCCUGUGCGUUUUCGGCUGGAUGGCUUUCAUGUUUUAAACUUCGUCAUGGCAUUAGAAAGCUAGAUGUGCCUGCUGAAAUAAAAUCGGCUGACCAUGAAGCUGCUGAAAAAUAUUGUGUGUUUUUUAACAAAUUAGUUGCUGAGCAUGAUCUAUCUCCUGACCAAAUCUACAAUGCAGACAAAACUGGCCUAUUUUGGCGAUGUUUGCCAAAUUCUGCCCUUGCUGGCGCAGGUGAAUCGAGUGCUGCUGGUUUCAAGCAGAAUAAAGACCGAAUAACUGUGCUUACAUGUGCUAAUGCAGGAGGCACACACAAAGUGAAGCUCUUGGUGGUUGGAAAAUGUAAUCGUCCUAGAGCUUUUAAGGGUAUUACACAUUUACCUGUUGUUUACAAAGCCCAGAGUAAUGCAUGGAUGAACAAAGGAAUUUUUUAUGACUGGUUUCAUCAUGUUUUUGUACCCUCAGUGAAAGAACAUUUUAGAAAAAUUGGAAAACCUCAAGAAAGUAAAGCUAUUCUGUUAUUAGACCAUUGUCAAGCUCACCCUCCUGAAUGUGAGUUAGUGUCAGGUAAUAUUUUUACCAUCUUCCUUCCUGCCAAUGUUACCUCACUGAUUCAACCAAUGGGCCAAGGCAUUAUCCAGAAUAUGAAAUGUUAUUACAGAAGAGAUUUUCUGAGAAAGUUAAUCAAUCAUGAAGGCACUAUCCAGAACUUUCAAUCUCUUUAUAACAUAAAAGAUGCAGUUUUUAAUGUGGCUUGUGCCUGGAAUUCUGUAAAAAGUAAAACAUUAAGGAAUGCUUGGAGAAACUUGUGGCCUAGUGUUAUGUUUGCAGAAGGGUCUUCUGAUGAAGGCGACUUGGAAGGUUUUAAUGUGAAACGUAGAAAAAAUACAAUAGCUCAAAUUCUUGAAGUGGUAAAGGAUGCUCCUUCUACAGACCCAGUCAAUAAACUUGAAGGAAGUGAGAUAGAAGAGUGGGUCGAAGCUGACAAGGAAGUUGAACAUGUUUUUAAUGAUGCAGAAAUAAUAAAGUGUGUUGUGAAUCCUGAAAAGUCUAAGGUCACUGAAAAAGACUCUGAAGAAGAAGACUUUAGUGAAGAGAAGAAAAUAUCUUGGGCUAGUGCUGCUUCACAUAUUGACAACUUCAUUAAAUUUGCUGAAAGGCAGAGUUGUUAUUCUGCACAGGAGGUUAUGCAGUUACACAUUAUUCACUCUGAUUUCAUGCAAAAAAAGCAAGCAGCAAGUAGGCAAGCUGAUAUCAGGGAUUUCUUUAAAAAAGCUUCCAGGGCGUGUCAUAAAGCCAGUACAGAAUCAGUCCCAUCACCAUCACCUUCUACAUCUGCAGUUGACGUUGAUGGCUCUGAGGCACUGAAAGAUCCCCAAGUGCCUCUUGGAUCUUCAAAGAGGCAGUAAAUUAUGUACAGUAGUGUAAAUAGUUUUGGUAAAUAGUAAAUAAUUUUAGUGUAGUGUUAAGUGUACUGUACUUUUAAGUGAUCUAGGUGUAUGCCAUGUGCUGCCAAUAGUGUACUACAUGCAAUUUUAGUGUACUGUACUGUAUGUCGCUGCCUCAGGAUUUUUAUUCACUCCAGUGCUACUUUACUACUACUUGAGUGGUGAAUACUUGUAUAAUAUUUUAUUAUUUAUGCAGCAUGUUAUAUUGUAAUGUAUUGUACAUGAAUUCUUUAAAAAUUUGCA